GGAUCCAUUCGCUUUUCCCAUGAAGUGGCUUACACAUCUCUCCACCAGAAAGUCGACGGUUCUGGUUGAAAUCGCUUCCUUUCCUCCCACAUAUUAUUUCAGAAACUACAGCACUAUAAGACGGGUAUCCCCAGUCCGUACAUCACGGGGCUUCUCCUCCUCUCAGUCUCUCUUUGGUGUUAGAAACAUCUCAACCAAACUACCCUAUACUACAUCUCGAAUUCUCCCCACCACACCUCGUCAUUUGCAUCGCGGGGUCCUGCACAUCCCGCCAACCCACAUACGCAGCUGUAAACAAAGCCAAGGUCUCAGCCCCAGUAUCAGGUGCAGCUCAAGAGCAAUGUCUUCAUCAGCAAACCUAGUUGAGUCGGCCAAAAAGUUGGCCGCCUAUCAGGCAGUCAAUGAUCACCUCGAUGCCUCUUACAAGUUUGUCGGAAUUGGCUCUGGUAGCACCGUUGUCUACGUUGUGGACGCCAUUGUCAGCAAGGGACCCGAAUUCUACAAGGGAAUGACUUUUAUUCCUACUGGAAGUCAGUCAAAGGGUCUUAUUCGUGCUGCUGGCUUGAAUCUUGUAAACUUGGAUGAGAGGCCUAUGGUGGAUGGCCUUCCUGUUCCUCUUGACGUUGCCUUUGAUGGCGCUGACGAGGUGGACGAGGACCUCAAUCUUAUCAAGGGCGGCGGUGCUUGUUUGUUCCAGGAGAAAUUGGUUGCAAUUGCUGCCAAAAAGUUUAUCGCUGUAGCUGAUUACCGAAAGCAAUCUCCCAAACUAUGUACUACAUGGAAGACCAUUCCUAUCGAGGUUCUUCCCUUGUCCGCACCUGAUGUUCUGGUCCGCCUUCGAGCCAUGGGGUCCCCCAAACCUGCCAUUCGUUCAGGUCUCCCUGCCAAAGCUGGCGAAUGUGUAACAGACAACGGCAUGUGGCUUAUUGACGCACCGUUCUCUCCCUUGCUUCUUCCCAAGGAUAUCAACUCCGAGAACAAGGGCCGUGGAGAAAAUGGUGCCUGGGAGGUUAAUGCCCUCGCCGAGGAACUGGUCCGAACACCUGGUAUUGUUGAAAUUGGUUUGUUUCACGGCUUCAAUGGAAACGAAGCUGUCAAGCUGGGCAAGGAGUCGCAAGCGCAGAAGCCCAUUGCGGCCUAUUUCGGUCUCGCCAAUGGCGAGGUGCAGGUACAAAAUGCCGCUUAAAAGAAAACCGGGAGAAUGUUUGCCUUACAUAAAACAACACAUUUUUUUUUGAGAUACGUACCAUGUUUGGCCAACAAAAGACGAAUGCACUGUCACCAAGGCGUUUGGAUCGCCACAUAUCCGGGCAUCUUGGAAUGUCACCCCUGAUUUAUAUCGAGCAAUAGUAUUAGAAGCGAAAUGAUUGAUUAGCCUCAAAGCUAGUCGAACCAAGGCAUUAAAGUGUCUUAU